UAAUGUUAAGAAAAAAAUUCCCUCGGCAGUAGCAGAGCCCGAGAGGCCGGAGCCAAGAAAGGAACAGAGGAAGAAGCUAGGAGAACAGAGGAACAGAGCCGCGCCGGCUGACGGCCUCGUGGAAGAGGUCGGGUACCUGCGCCUGCCCGCUGAUGGAAUGGCCGUGGACGCACGCCGAGACACGGAUGCCGCGGGCCGACCCGUACGCCGGUCGGACCAGCGCGGUGGCAUCGCCUGCCCCGCUCCAGCGGGUAUGCACACGGCCAAGGGCUUGCCCCCUGUGAAUUCGAGUUCGAGUUCAUUUCCAGUUCAGCCGGCGACAACUGGUAAUCCGAGUCCGAUCUCCAGAUCCAAUCCAGGAGACGCCAUCGAUGGCGGCGAAGGUGCUCCAGCUCCGUAGCUCCGACAGCAAGGUGCUCGUCGCUCCGGCGUGGGACUAUCGCCCGGCCGCCGCCCAAGCCCUCCCGCUGGAGACGCGGGUGCCCUCGCGCGUCCUCGAGAGGGUGCUCCAGUACUGGACCAAGCACAACCUUGCCAAGGCCACCGGUGAGUCCCGGGAGCCCCUCGCCAGCUGGGACGCUGACUUCCAGCGCCGUCUCCAGGAAGACGGCCUCGCCAAGGAGGCCGCUGCAGCCGCCCAAGAACUCUGCCGCUAUGGCGUCGACCAUGGAGGGCGUCCCCAUCGCCACGCCGCCACGGCCGCAUCUGACGUCGAUGCUCCUGUCAAGGCGGCCCGUGCUAAUCCCGUCCGUGCCUGGUGCCCACUUGUUCACCACCUCAAGGGUGUCAACCAUGGAGAACGCAGCCCGGCGCCUGCGGUGUCCAGCACCUUCCAUGCCUCUGAUAUCGCCGCCGCCGCGCGCCCUGGGCCUGCCACCACCUUGCCGGCUGCUGCUGGUGCUGACCCCGUGGACGUCCGGUGCGCCAUCCGUGCCCGUGGACGCCAGAUGGCUGAAGACGAGGAGUCCGCUUGCCACCACCGCAAGCGCCCGGCUUCCAAGGCUCCACUCUACCUGCCUGCCACUGCUGUUGCGCCUGUGAAGAAGGUCUCUCGUCCCGUCGCUUCCAAGGCUCGCUCUUUCGUCGGCUCAACACCAUUGCCUGUCACUGCUGCUGCGCCCGGUGUGAAGAAGACGACUCCAGCUUCAACUCUGCGCGCAAGAAGGGGGAUGGGGGAGCUCAGCUGCAAGGUUCCGAAGCAAAUCCGUGCCACCGCUGCAGCACCAAUGAAGCAACCAAUUCCUUGGGUGCGUCCAGUGGUAUUACGCCUUCCCUAGUCUUUUAGUUGCUUCCUAAACCAUGCACACAUGAGUUUCAUUUAAUCUUUGCAUCUCUAGGUUCUGCACUUAACCACCAAGAUUUCUAGUGUUCUUUGAAUUCCUUUCAGUCAUUAGUAAUUUUACAAGAGUGUCAGCAGAGUCUCCAUCUAGCUAGGCAGCAAAAACCUUGUUAAGAUGUGUACGACAUAGUUACCACUGCAUCCAUACCUGGUCCUAAGUUAAGGGUUUAAGUAAAUAAAGGGCAUUUUCAAUAAAUCAAAGUAAAGCAGAUGAGCCUAAAAAGGAAACUCAUGUACUGCAAUUCAGGCACGAGACAGAGCGUAAAACGCACUCGCCGCAAAAUCCAAAACACCCGUUUGCUACCCGGCUUGUAGCAGGAAAAAGGAGUAGAAUUGAACUUGUCGAUACACACGUAAUCAUGUGAGCUGCCUAGCGUUUGGAGACUAUGCUGACUCUCCUGUAAAAUUAAUCUUGGCUGAAUUGGAUUUUUAGGCAUUGGCAUCUUAGUGAGUUAAAGUUGCAGUUUCCGAAGAGUAACAUUGGUUAGUGAACUCUUGUGUGUAUGUGUGGGUGAAGCUUUGAGCUAAGCAAGUCCUUGAUGUACCGACUAUCAAGUCAUACUGUAAUCAAUUUUGGAUAUGAAUGAGAAAAUUGUUGGCCUGAAUUUUGCAGAGCA